AUGCCUCCUCCUCCGACCUCCGCCACCCUCCAAUGGCUAAGCCUGGUGGCAAUAAUCUGGCUCCAAUCCGUCAACGGCACCAACACCACUUUCCCCGCCUACUCCUCCCAACUCAAAAACCUCCUCUCCCUCUCCCAACUCCAACUCAACAACCUCGCCUUCGCCUCCGACGCCGGCAAGCUCUUCGGCUUCAUCUCCGGCUUCGCCGCCCUCCACCUCCCCCUCCCCCUCGUCCUCCUCGCCGGCUCCCUCCUCGGCCUCGCCGGCUACGGCGCUCAGUACCUCUUCCUCACCGGCACGUUCAUCACCUCCCUCUCCUACCCCCAAAUCUUCCUCCUCACCGUCCUCGCCGGUAACAGCAUCUGCUGGAUCAACACCGUCUGCUACGUCGUCGCCGUCCGAAACUUCCCCGCCGGACACCAGCCCCUCGCCGUCGGCCUCUCCACUGCCUACCAGGGCCUCAGCGCCAAGAUCUACACCGUCUUAGCCGCCGCCAUUUUCCCCUCUUCAAAGAAUCCCGCCGAGGCCUACUUGCUCCUCAGCUCCCUCCUCCCCCUCCUCGUUACGACGUUCACUGCUCCACUCCUCCGGAACGGAGAAGUGGAGUGGGGCCCAAUCGAAAUGGGACGAGGAGGCGUGGUGGCUAUGUUCCUCGUGACCAUAGCUACCGGUGUCUACUCAGUGAUCAGCAGUUUGACUUUCAUCUCCAGAACGAUGUCGCCCUCGAGAGGCACGAUUGGGAUAUCCAUAUUCCUUUCGGCGCCGCUGGCCGUACCGGUCGCAAUAAAGCUAUGGGAACGGCAUGUGGCAGGUAAGAAGAAGGGCAGUACGAGAAUCCACACGAUGAACUACGUGGAGGAGAUCGAGAACGGCGUCGUGGAAGGUGGUGGUGAGACGAAGUUGCCGAUGGAAACGGCGGUUGCUACUAUUAGUGGCGAGGGCAAAAGUGGUGGUGACGUCAGUGGUGACGAGAAGGAGGGAUUCGUGGGGGUGGGAGUGAUGGUGAAGAGAGUGGAGUUUUGGGUGUAUUUCGGGGCGUAUCUGUGUGGGCCCACGAUUGGGCUGGUUUUCUUGAACAACUUGGGCCAGAUCGCGGAGUCGCGUGGGGAGCUCCGGACGUCGUCUUUGGUCGCGUUGUCUUCUUCGUUCGGGUUCUUCGGUCGCCUCGUUCCGUCGUUUCUUGACUACUUUCUGGCCAGGAGUAGGUGCAAGAUGAUGAUAUCAAGGCCAGCGUCCAUAGCGGCAUUGAUGGCGCCGAUGGCAGCAGCUUUCUUCCUCCUCGUCAUCAACACCACCGCCUCCUUCAACCACGUCGCCCUCUAUGUCAGCACCGCCGUUAUCGGCGUCUGUACGGGCGCCAUUACUUCCAUCUCCGUUUCGACCACGUCCGACCUCUUCGGGACGGCCAACUUCAGCCUCAACCACAACAUUGUCGUGGCCAACAUCCCGCUGGGAUCCUUCGCAUUCGGGUACCUGGCCGCGUUCUUUUACCACCGGGAAGGAGGCGGCGGCGGCGGCGGGAAGUGCAUGGGGAUGUUGUGUUAUAGAGAUACUUUCGUGAUAUGGGGAUCGCUUUGUGGGUUUGGGACGUUGCUUGCGCUCGUGCUUCAUGCUCGGACCAGGAAGAUGUAUUCCCAAACGGUUUUGGCUACUUGA